UAAACUUUGGUGGGCAAAAUUUUUCUAUCACAAUUCACAAUGGCCAAGUUUCACUCCUUCCUCUUCAUUUUCUCCAUCUCACUUUUUAUUUCGGUUUCGAUCGCCGAAAAAAAUGACAAAUUUGUCGAAGUUAAAAAGAAGGGAAUUCGAUAUCGAAGCGAGAAGAUUAGCGUCUUUGAAUUCUAUUGGCAUGAUAUUGUGAGCGGUUUGAACCGGACGUCCAUGACAGUGGUGCACCCGGCCUCAAAUGCCACGGCCACUAGGUUCGGCCUUGUGAAUAUGAUCGACAACCCAUUGACGGUCGGGCCGGGCCCUAAGUCCAAGCUAAUUGGACGAGCCCAAGGGUUUUACGCCUUGGCCUCGCAAGAGCAAGUUGAAUUAUUGAUGGCUAUGAACUUCGUCUUUGUUGAGGGCAAGUACUGCAAUAGUACCAUAACUGUGCUCGGUCGAAACCCGGUUUUCGACACUGAGAGGGAGAUGCCGGUGAUUGGCGGUAGUGGGCUUUUUCGAUUUGCUCGGGGCUAUGUUAAGCUCAAGACUCAUGACUUCAAUCCAACCACAAGAGAUGUUGUUGUUAAGUAUAUUGUUCGUGUGCUGCAUUUUUUAUGUUUUGGGCUUUAUUUUGUUGCACGCUUUUUUGAGCCACUAUUUAUGACACUUAAUAGUAUUGGAACUAUAAAAAAUUCAGAGUUUAUUUUGUUAGACACUUUUUUGAGCAACUAUUUUUUUAUUUAAUAAUAUAAUAAAGUAUGCUUAAAUUAAAAAGGGAAAAAAA